UGUGUUGAGAUUGCUCCCUUGAACAAUUAUGCAGAAUUGCUCAUGCACGUGCAUUAUUUUCAAUGUCUGUGAUGACGGUUAAUGUCAAAAUCAGUUAUGAAACGGCUAACGUGACUUCUUUUGCGGAGGCAAGUUAGAACUACAGGUCACUGGCUGGAGGUAGAGCACAGUUUUCUCUACGGAAAAGCGCCAUGGCUGCCAUGCCCCUCUUGCCCUGCCCUGUGCGGCUUGGCAUAGUGAAGGAUGGAGGCCCGGUGGAGCAGUUACAUAAAUACACUCUGGAGAAAAACCUACAGAAGAUGGAAAAGCUGCUCAAGAAAGGUGUGCACGUUGACUCUGUCAAUAACCUUGGCCAGACACCUCUGUUUUGUGCAUCUCUCCUGGGCCUGACGACCGUGGUUGAGUUACUGCUGCGUUACGGAGCUGACCCAAAUCAUCGCUGCGAAGACAGGAGCACGCCGGUCCAUGCCGCCGUAUUCUCCUGUAAACCAUGGCUGCUCAGCGGAGUGCUGGACGCCGGUGGUGACUUGCGGUUACACGACCACAAGGGCCAUACCCCGCAAGACUGGGCCAAGGCCGGAGCUCAGGAACACAGUCAGAGGAUGGUAGACUUUCUGAAACGCUGCGUGUCCCACAUGCAUAGCCUGUCCCAGCCACUGCAGCCUCAGGACCAUCGCCGGACCCCCAGCUCCUCCAAAACGCUGCUGCGCUCCCCAUCCCUGCUGGAGUUUCUCAGAACAGGGAGCUCCGACCUCCCCGCGAACAGAAAGCUGAGCACGAAAUCGCCCCUUUUCGACACGGUCCAGUGCUUUGGCUUCGGAAAGCUGUGUGUGGACAGGCCCAGGCAGCCCCUGGGGCUCACGGCCAGCUUGCCCUUCGUGGCGGACAGAGAGCUCGGGCAGGCAGACGACGAGCCCAUGGUCACCUAUACCUGCGAAUCCUUCAUCAAAAUGACCAAUUACAGCUGGAAGGGAUGUCGGGUGACAGUGAAAGAUCUGCAAUCCCAUAAUGCACUGCAACAUGGCAAUCAAGUGGGCUACCUGGACCUGCUGAUCACCGAGCAAGAAUACUGCUGCCAGCUGUACCACCCUCACCUCCUGCAGUUGCUGGCGGUUGGCAUGAGUCCCGAUGUGCAGCAGAUCCGCUUGGUGUUUGAGAGAGUGCACAUGGGGUCCCUCCACACCGUCCUGCAUCACAGGCGUGAGCAAUACCCCGCGCUGCAGGCGGAGGGGGCACUGUCCCUGCUGCUGCAGGUGUGCGAGGCCCUGCUCUACCUGCACGGGCGGGGCCUGGUGAUGAGGUCACUGUCCUCCCACGCCGUGCAGGUCGUCCACCCCGGCGUGGCCAAGGUCACCGGCCUCGGCUUCGCCGUCCCCAGCUGUGAAAGUGGGGGCCCUAGCAGCCCCGCCCCCCUGCCCCUCCCCCAGGAGCUGUACAAUUGGGCUGCCCCAGAGGCCAUCAGAAACGGGGCCUGCUGUGGAAAAGCAGAUCUCUACAGCCUGUGUGCCCUCAUUCAGGAGCUCUUCACAGACGCGGUGCCGUGGGGGCCGGUGGACCCCCGCUGCAUCCGGCAGGCCGUGGAGUCGGGCCAGGCCCUGGCGGCCGAUGGGAGCAUCCCGCAGCCGUACUGUCAGCUGGUGAGGGCCGGCCUGCAGCCCCGGGCCCAGGAGCGGAGCUGCAGCCUGCAGGACCUGCGCUACCUUCUGCGCUCCAACAUCAGGGAGCUGGCCCAGAGCGGAGGCUGGAGGGGGAGUGGUCUGUUCUGGGAGACGGCGGGGCCCGGGGGGCGGAGCCCGGAGCCCACGCAGAGCGGGGAUGAAGAGCAGACGGGCUCCGGGCCUGCAGCAGUCAGAGAUGAGGAAGGGGAUCCGUGUGCCAAGCAGUCCGACAGCAUGGUGGCGCGGGAGAUCGAGGCCCAGCUGAACCAGCUGGACCAGCUGCUGGACGGGCAGGAGGAGGAGGAGGAGGAGGAGGACCCGACUGCCUCUGACCAGUCCUCGCCGCUGACCACCUUCUGCGAAAGCCUCUCUCUGGAGGACUGCCGCCCGUCCCUGGACGACCCCCAGUUGGAGAGCUCCGGGGACUCCGGGUCCGAGAGCAGCAGCACCCUCCCCGGGUGGCCCGAGCAGGCGGGGCCGUGGGGGGGCGUCCCGGCGCCCGAGCCGGCCAGCAGGGAGGCGGAGCACAUCGGCUCGGUGGUGCUCAACCUGAAGGUGUCGCAGGUGCUGCUGCAGCAGUCGGAGAGCAGCUUGCGGGUCGUGGAGGCCGCCCUAGGAGCCGGCGGGGGCGGGGGCAGGGGUGGGGGCAGGGGCGUGGACGAAGUGGACGGGGCGGGGGCAGACCAGCCCGAUGGCGGGCGGAGAGAAGGGGGAAGAGGGGGCAUCGCGGGGGCCCAGUCUGAGCACGUCCUCGCCAGAGCCACCGGACCCCCGUCCCGCUCCUACCUGCCCUGCCGCGGGCCACGCCCGGGGCCCGGGACCCCCCACGGAGCGAUCGGCGACCGGGAACGGGGCGCGCGCCGUUCCGUCUGGGAGGAGGAGCUGAGCUUCUACAGCUCCGCCCAGGAGGAGAGCUUCGGCGACGCCCAGGCAGAGAGGAGCAGUGUGUCUACAGGAGGGCCAGAGAGAGGAGAGCAGCAGUCCGCCUGCAGGCAGGGCUUAGAGGACAGGACAUACACACUGUCUACCUCAGCGUACUCCCCCUGCGGCAGCCCACGGCUGGGCUGGUCUGAGCCGUCCACCACAGCCAAAUGGACAAGCGAAGUGUCUGAGGCGGUAGCCAGGAUGACCCGCGGGCGUUUUGGAUCCGCCCCCUGCCCCACUAGCAGCGACAGCGAAGAGACGGACAGAAGGGUGUGGGCGGGAAGGCAGGAUCCGCUGGGCCACAGUGACCCUCGCGGGCGCGUACAGGAACUGCAGGAGGUGGACAGUGGCCACAGCAGUGCAGAGAUGGAGCACCUCUUCAAGAGCUUUGCAGGUAUCCAGAGCGAGAGCGAGGGCGACUCGGACUUCCACACCGUCAACCGCACCUUCGGCCUGAGCUGUGGGGCCUGGGAGGGGGCGGGGCAGGAAGAGGAGGAGGGCACCUCUGAUUCGGACUACGCCCAGUCUCCAGAGGGUCCCUCCAGCGUGUUCUACACCCCCAACCCAGAGCUUCAGCCACACCCCACAGGGAGGUGCUCACAGACGCCCAGCUCGGACGGAGACCUGGAGGUGACCAUGGAGGUGUGUCAGCCCACCGCUAGCUCCGGGGGAGGAGGAGCGUCGGAGCGCUCGGGACCUCCUCCAAACGCGGUUCACCCGCUAAACGCCGUCUUACAGAGGAGCAGCCACAGCCCUCAGCGAGGAGGCCGUUCCCCCGCGGCGGAGUCCGCGGUGACCAAACCCGCCGCUGGUCAGCAGGCCCCCUCAGCUGUAGCCAGCGGACUCCCAGACCUGGCCGAGCUGGCGGAACUGUCCAGCAUCACGUGCUCGCCCGCCCAGAACCAGGAGUGGGCGGGGCAACCGGCACUGCGGCCCAGCCCACUCGGCAGACGCCCCGCCCCCUGCAACAGCACCCCUCGAAGCCCAGUGGGAAGCCCCCACCACAGGCCCAUGGAUGCCUGCGCAGCGCCCCUCCCCCACCUGCCGAGUCUGCUGGACACCUGUCCCUGGAGCGACACUCCCUCCCAGACCCUCAGCACCGAGAGCUUCGCCACCGCCACCCCGGGAGACAGCAGCACGACGGAGACGUCAGCGUCCAGCGUUCUGCGGUCUCCCAUGUGGGCCCAAGAGACGGACACCCCCACCGGCCCUCGGGACCCCCCCGCGGCGAGGGGGGCCGCCGGCGCGUCCGCUAACCGGGACGCCGCGCGCCCCGGAGACGCCGCACCAGCCGUCAACGGGGUGGAGAAUUCGGGGGUGAUGCCCGAGGACAGAGGAAAGCCCGGUGAAGAAGAAGAGACACCUGACGGAGAGACGCUGGGCAGCGGCCCGGGCCGCGACUCCGCUGCGGCGGACGGCGGGGCCCCCGGAGAGAACGCCCGAGAGAGGACUCCGUCCCCAGACGAUCGGUGCGUCAUGGAGGAGACUCAGAGAGCUCACUCCACACUGGACGCAGACCUGCAAGGCCUGCUGUUGGAGAUGGCCACCGGCCAGAGGUUCAUGGAAAGCCCUGGAGCCAUAGAGCUUCCCAGAGUGCAGGACGGAGUGUGGGGUGAGAAGACCAGUCACCCGGGAGGGGACAGUAUGGAAGCCGUCAUUGCAGAGGGGAAGGAGGCCUCAUCGUUCCCAAGAAAGUGACAUUCUUAAACCAAACCACUGGCAUAGCACAGUUAAAACCUCAUAAACCUUGCACUGCAUCUCUUAAACACUAGUGCUCAUGCAGUCGUGUUGUUAUCACGUUUGAACUUGUACUCCUCCCACAGACAACUUGGACCUUCAGGAAGAGAAGCUAGAGACGGUGAACCAUGAGUCCUGGAGCCGGCCUCACAGAGUUAUUGUCUUGGAGCAGACUCCCCCUAAAGGUCAGACUGAGUCAGAGCAAGUGCUGGACAAAUGACCAGCUUCCUGCCAGCGGUGAUGAACAAUUACGACACCACUGCCAACAACAGACCCUCAAUAGACCCUCAACUCCCUAUUCAUACUGUUAAGAGCUGUAAGAAUAUAAAUUUACAUGUUCUUUUAAUUGACAAUCGAGUGGCAACUUUUUAGACGUUUCCUGUACCUUAUACCAUGUCUUAAUGAAAAGACAGAAUGUUGAGAGAUUUUAAUGUUACUCUCCAAAUUUUUUACAUUUUUGUGUUAAAAUACAGUGUUUGGUGUGUAUUCUAAUAGUAUUUCAUAGUACAAUAGCCCCUACUGUUCAUUUUUGUGAAAAGCUCACUUUGAAUGCAGUGGGAUGCAUUCUUGGAUUCCUAAACAUCUAAUGUUGUAAUUAUUUUCCUUGCACCCAUCGUUAUUCUUGGUGAAAUUUGUACAACUUGAAGUUAAUUUUGCAGUUUCUUGCGAUUUUUUUCAUGGUUUUUAACCUUGUUGCCCUAUUCUUUGCAUUUUAUUCCAAUUGUGAAAUGUGCCGUGCUUUUGUCAAGUAAACACAUUGUGAUGAACACAGUGGAUGAUAAAUUAAUGACAGUUCCCUCAUUUUUAUUGUAACAAUUUCGAAUAACAUUUAGAAUGCUUUGUUUUUAAAACAGAGUUCAAUACCUUACAUAACCAUAUUUCAAAAUGACAUUUUAAAUAGCAGAAAUGAUAAACACAAGAAUACAUUUUACAAGACAACAUGACUACCACUAAUGUGUCCUUAUAAAUGAAUGUUGCUUUUUUUCCCCAAAUUAUUUCCAGUUAAAAUGCUGUUCCAUAAUUGUUAGGUACAAUAUAAAGUAA